AUGCAACUAGACCAAGUUAGUGCUCGUAAAAACCACUCUUUGGUAAGACUGUCUGUCCCAAUGUAGAAACGAUAUCGAAAAGAUCCUGAAUACUCCAUUAUAACCGCGAAACGAAGGCUCAAAUCUAUUCCAAGGCGUUCACUUAAGUACACAACUUGAGUACUUUCACUUCGAGGAAUUUAUGCUUGAUGCAAAAUCUGAUGCAACUGAACUAAGUUAGUGCUCAUCAAGGCCACUAUUAUUUUGGGUAACACAAGUGUAAUAGUCUAAUAGAUUCUGAAUGAGUAAAGCUGUAUCCCUCACUAUAAUAAGAUGAUAUUCUAGGAAGAUGGCGCCAAGCAGCUCGAUUAAUGAUGGUUUGAAUACAAGUACUAUCAUCUGAACUACAAACUACAUGUGCAACAUCACAUCGACAAGGAAAAGAAUAUGUGCUCACAACUAAUGCAAAUGUGCCGUGUAUCACUUCACAUCAACAAAAUCUGAGCAAGAUAUCAAAAUUACUCACUGUCACCGCCGAUUCUUGAAAACUGCAAUAUGGCAGAAGAGAUUACUGACUGCAGUGAUGACGAAUUUAACAAAACUCUAUUUGACGCUAUUGAGAAUGGACAAGAAGGAUUGGUAGAAAAACUAAUCCAGUGUUUUGCUGGUGUCAAUGUUACCGACGAAAGUGGCAGAACUGCUUUGUUUUAUGCUAUAGAGAAAGAAAAUGAAAAAAUAGUGGAAAAACUGGUCCAGUCUGGUGCUGAUAUCAAUGUAGCCAAUAAAGAUGGCAACACUGUUUUGUUUCAUGCUGUACAGAAAGAAAGUGAGGAGAUGGUGAAAAAACUAAUUGAGUGUGGUGCUGAUGUCAAUGCAAUCAAUAAAGAUGGAAAAAACGCUUUGUUUUAUGCUGUAGAGAAAGAUAAUGAAAGAAUAUUGGAAAAACUAAUCGAGUGUGGUGCUUUUGUCAAUGCUGCCGAUGAAUAUGGACAAACUGCUUUGUUUUAUGCUGUAGAGAAAGAAAAUAAAAAAAUGGUCGAAAAACUAAUCCAGUCUGGUGCUGAUGUCAAUGCAAUCAAUAAAGAUGGAAAAAACGCUUUGUUUUAUGCUGUAAGGAAAGAAAAUGAAAAAAUAGUCGAAAAGCUAAUGCAGUCCGCUGCUGAUAUUAAUGUGACCAAUAUACAUGGGGCAACGCCUUUGUUUUAUGCUGUAAAGAAAGAAAAUGAUAAAAUAGUGGAAACACUAAUCCAGUGUGGUGCUGAUCUUAAUGCAGUCGAUGAAUAUCGCCAAACAGCUUUGUUUCAUGCUGUAAGGAAAGAAAAUGAAAAAAUAGUGGAAAAACUAAUGCAGUCCGGUGCUGAUAUUAAUGUGACCAAUAUACAUGGGGCAACGCCUUUGUUUUAUGCAGUAAAGAAAGAAAAUGAUAAAAUAGUGGAAAAACUAAUCCAGUGUGGUGCUGACGUCAAUGCAGUUGAUGAAUAUGGCCAAACUGCUCUGUUUCAUGCUAUAAACAAAGAAAGCGUAAAAAUGGUCGAAAAACUAAUCGAGUGUGGUGCUGAUGUCAAUGCUACCAAUAAAGAUGGCAAAACUGCUUUGUGUGGUGCUGAUGUCAAUGCUACCAAUAAAGAUGGCAAAACUGCUUUGUUUCAUGCUGUAAAGAAAGAAAGCGUAAAAAUGGUCGAAAAAUUAAUCGAGUGUGGUGCUAAUGUCAAUGCUACCAAUAAAGAUGGCUACACUGUUUUGCUUUAUGCUGUAUGGUAUGGAAAUGAAAAAAUAGUGGAAAAACUAAUCGAGUGUGGUGCUGAUGUCAACGCUACCAAUAAAGAUGGCUCGACUGCUUUGUUUUAUGCUGUACAGAAUGAAAAUGGAAAAAUGGUGGAAAAACUAAUCGAGUGUGUUUCUGAUAUCAAUGCAAUCAAUGAAGAUGGCAAAACCGCUUUGUUUUAUGCUGUAGAGAAAGAAAAUGAAAAAAUAGUGGAAACACUAAUCGAGGGAGGUGCUGAUGUCAAUGCAAGCAAUAAAGAUGGCUACACUGUUUUGCUUUAUGCUGUAUGGAAUGAAAAUGAAAAAAUAGUGGAAAAACUAAUCGAGGGUGGUGCUGAUGUCAAUGCAAGCAAUAUAGAUGGCUCGACUGCUUUGUUUUAUGCUGUAGAGAAAGAAAGUGAAAUAAUGCUGGAAAAACUAAUACGUUAUGCUGCUGAUGUCAAUGCUACAGAUAAAGUUGGUAGAACUACUUUUUUUUAUGCUGUUCAACAAAGGAACAAUGAAAAUAUCUUUCGUGCAUUGAUUGAUGCUCAUGCUGAUGUCAACAUAACUAAUGAUGAGGGGAAAACUGCUUUGAUUUAUGCUGUUCAAAAAAACAAUGAAAGUGAAGGUAGUGCAUUGAUUGAUGCUGGUGCUGAUGUCAACAUUACUGAUAAUGACGGGAAAACCGCUUUGUUUUUUGUAAACAGUCGUGAUAAAGCCUGUCUCAUGGCACGUGUGCUGGUAGAGGAUGGAGGUGCUCAAGUGGAUGUGAGAGAUCGUUAUGGCAGAACGCCACUGUUCUACGCUAUGACACAAUCACUUUCCCUUGCGAGGUAUUUAAUUGACAAAGGAGCCACUUUAUAUCUCAAUGAGAAUUGCAGUGUUUUGACAUUUUUUAUCGAGAGAUGCAUCUUCUGUUCAUCAGAAAAAACUCCAAACAUACAAGAUGGACUCGAUCUUCUGACUGAACGCAAAGAAGUGGAAAGAAACACGAUUUUGGGAGCAAUAGCGAGUGUUGCAUUCUGUAAAGCGCUGUACUUGAAGCCUGGUUCUUGUGAUAUCGACGUGGAUUCUCUUUCUCAUCUAAUGAGGAUAGCAAAUGAAAAUGCUUCAAAUUCUAAGCUUUUUCAAGUCAAUUUUCCUGUGGGGAAAAUCAAAACCAUAAGUGAGAUCUCCACCAUGAUCCAUGAAGACAGCCACGAUAAACAACUGAUUGAGUCCGGAGCAGCAGUUGAAGUGAUUCGACGUCUUAUUGAAUUGGGUGCCAACCCUAACACCACAGAUUUAGAUGGCAACAGUGCUCUUCACCAUGCAACUCAGCUAGCUUUUCAUGGUGUAACACGAGACUCUGUCAUGGCAUUAUUUUUACAGCUAAAGAAGUUUAAUGCAUUGUUCCACAUAACGAAUCAGCAAAACGAAACGCCACUUUUAUAUUGUUUAUCCAAGACAAUCGAAAAGGUGUCCAGAAGGGAAGAACCUUGGCCAGCUUUCAAGACACAAGGAGCUGUCUGUCGUUUCCUGGUAGAACAUGGAUCAAGUGUUGAAGCAAAAACUACGAGUGGAGAGAGUGUGUUACACUUGACCAUAAGACUUCUUCAACAUGGCUUUUUGAAACGUAAUAGUCAAUCGAGAAAAGACGUUUCUGAUGUUGCCCUAGAGCUACUGGAAAUAAUUGCAGGUUCCAACCCAAACACCAAAGAUUCAGAUGGAAACACCUGUCUUCACCAUGCAACUCAACUAGCAUUUUAUGGUGUAACACAAGAGUCUGUCAUAAAAAUAUGCAAACAGCUCGAGAAGUUUAAUGCGUCUUUCCAUAUAACGAAUCACCAAGACGAAACACCGCUUUUGUAUUGUCUUACCAGGACAAUCGAGAAGGUGUCGAGAGAGGAAGAACCUUGGCCAGCUGUCCAAACACAAGCAGCUGUCUGUCGAUUCCUGGUGGAACAUGGAUCGGGUGUUAAAACAAAAACUGGGAGUGGAGAGACUGUGUUACACUUGGCCAUAAAACUUCUUCACCAUGGCUUUUUCAAACGUAAUAGUCAAUCGAGAAAAGACGUUUCUGAUGUUGCCCUAGAGCUAAUGGAAGUAUUUGUUGAUGCAUUCAAGAGACACGAAGUAUCUACCAAUACCCAAGAUAACUCUGGAAACUCUCCACUUCAUCUUUGGGCAAAGCUCAAAUUAGCACCAGGACAAAAUUACUCCAGCGAUAUUAGUGGAGGACAUACCUUCCGAGGACUUUUGCAAAUAAUUUUGGACCAUUUCAGAGAAACCAAAGAACUACUGUAUGUCAAAAAUGAAAAUGGGGAAACACCUCUACAUCUCUGUAGAACUUGGACUGCUGUUGAACUUUUGCUCGAUGCUGGAGCGAACCCUAACGAUGAGGAUUCAUCUGGACAUACACCUCUCCUUGUUGCAGCAAGGAAAAACGAGUCUGUUGAAAAUCGAGGUUCAUUAUAUCCAGACAUUUUGCCAGAUCCCGAAACGUUCUGGACAAAUGUCCUUAAGAAAGGCCUGGAUCCUUGGUCGGUUGACAUACGCGAUGAAUCUGUUUUGAGUGUACUACUGGAAUCAGAAUCUCAUGAUCUUGCUAGAGCUCUCGUUCACGUUGCAUGUAACGACCUCAAGGUUCGGUCUUGUCCCUUAAUUUUGUUUUCUCUUUUGACUCUAAUUUGCAAAGACAAAUUACCUAAUGCACACUGGAAAAAAGAUGCCGCUGAAAUGAUUCUGGUUUCGUCUAAAUGCCCAGUGAAUGGAUAUGCAAAAGAAGAUUCUCCACUUCAUUAUUGUUGUAGAAAUAUUGUAGAAGCAUCAAAGACCUUAGCUAUUGAUGAGAUCAAAACGACCGUUCAUUGGAGUAUGGUUAAACUGUUACGUUCAUUUGGAGCCGAUUACMGAAUCMCUGAUGCGASWGRUCAGUCRUGCUURGACAUAGCARAGAAGUGUCCUGCACUCAAAGAUCUUUUGAUGGAGCCUAUUGAUCUUGAUAGACAUCCCGUGCUCAUUGAACCCUGGAAAUCGGUUUCUAAGACGCAUGAACGCUAUCUGGCUAAGGUAGCAAGGCAUCUCGAAAGCGAACAUGUGGAAUCAUACUGGUACCACAAAGACCAUUUGGCAUUCGGUUCAUUUGGUGCUGUAUUUGCAGGAAUCAAUGAGAAAGAUGGAAGAGAAGUGGCCAUCAAACGUAUUGAGAAGAUACGUAUGCAACGCCCAGAAGACAAACGAGAAAUAAAACAUCUCACUGCUCUUGCAGACUGCGAGCAAGUCGUCCGCUAUUUGUGCUUUUAUGAAGAUAAACACUUUUCUUAUAUUGUCUUGGAACUGAUGGAGGGAAAUGUUGAGCAGUUCCUUAAUACUGCAAUACAAAUGGAAACUAAAGUCUCGCUUUGCCAAGAUAUAGUUCAAGGACUGAAAUUCUUACACGAUCAAAACAUCCUUCAUCGAGAUCUCAAGGCAACCAACAUUCUUUAUAAAACGACUCCUAAACUAUGCUUGAAAAUUGCCGACUUUGGUCUCAGCCGUCGUAUGGAUACCAAUAGCUCAAGCACCUCAGUGUAUGGAUCUAAUGUUGGUACGAGAUGUUGGAUUGCUCCAGAAGUGCUAACCUCUAAAAAACCUCAUUCCAAGUCAUCUGAUGUGUUUGCCUGUGGUCUCCUUCUUCAUUACAUUUUGUCAGCGAAAACACAUCCAUUUGCCCCCAGAAUAGGGGCACUGCAACACGAGAUUGAAGUCAACAUACAAAAUGACAACAUGGAAGGAUGGGAUGACUCUCUGUGCCCUGAAGCAGCUGAUCUCCUUAAAGCAAUGCUUGAUGGAGAUAAAAGCAAACGGCCAUCUGCAGAUAAAGCAUUGGAUCAUCUUUUUUUCUGGGCAAAGAAGAAAAAGCUAGAUCUGCUCGUAGCUGUUGGCAAUCAACCAGAAUUUGAAUCCCCACGUGCUAAGAGGCCUCCUCCUUUAACUUUAGUAGAGACUGACUUGGAGACAAGCUUUGGUACCAUAGUCAAGUAUGGAGAUUGGAAUGACCCAGGUUAUGUACACAUGCCUGCCAUUUACACUAAAAUGACAACAAGAAGAACAUACCAAACGAACCCUGUAGUAGAGUUGGUACGUUUCAUACGAAAUGCUAACGCACAUGUGACUGCAUUACCAAAGCCAAUUCGAGAUCAGUUGCUGAAAGACUUUGUGUUCUUUGAAUAUUUUCCAAAUCUUGUGAUGGAAGUCUACAAGGCUGUAACCACUAAUGGAUGGGAUCAGACGAGAGAAGAGAUUAAGCAAGGUAAAACAAAUUACUCACUGUCACCGCCGAUUCUUAAAAACUGCAAUAUGGCAGAAGGCAUUACUGACUGCAGUGAUGACGAAUUUAACAAAACUCUAUUUGACGCUAUUGAGAAUGGACAAGAAGGAUUGGUAGAAAAACUAAUCCAGUGUUUUGCUGGUGUCAAUGUUACCGACGAAAGUGGCAGAACUGCUUUGUUUUAUGCUAUAGAGAAAGAAAAUGAAAAAAUAGUGGAAAAACUGGUCCAGUCUGGUGUUGAUGUCAAUGUAGCCAAUAAAGAUGGCAACACUGUUUUGUUUCAUGCUGUAAAGAAAGGAAAAGAAAAAAUGGUGGAAAAACUAAUUGAGUGUGGUGCUGAUGUCAAUGCCGCCGAUGAAUAUGGCCAAGCUGCUUUGUUUUGUGCUGUACAGAAAGAAAAUAAACAAAUGGUUGAAAAACUAAUCCAGUCUGGUGCUGAUAUGAAUGCAACCAAUAAAGAUGGCAAAACUGCUUUGUUUUGUGCUGUAUGGAAAGAAAAUGAGGAAAUGGUGGAAAUWCUAAUCAAUUGUGGUGCUGAUGUCAAUACAGCCGAUGAAUAUGGCCAAACUGCUUCGUUUUAUGCUGUUGACAAAGGAAAUGAAAAAAUGGUGGAAGAACUAAUCAAUUUUGGUGCUGAUGUUAAUGCUACCGAUGAAGAUGGCUCAACUGCUUUGUUUUUUGCUGUAAAUGAAGAAGUGGUCCAAAAACUAAUCGAAUAUGGUGCUGAUAUUAAUACUACCGAUGAAGAUGGCGAAAGUGCUUUGUUUUAUGCUGUAGAGAAAGAAAGCGAAAAAAUAGUGGAAGCACUAAUCGAGUGUGGUGCUGAUGUCAAUGCUACCAAUAAAGAUGGCAAAACUGCUUUGUUUCAUGCUGUAAAGAAAGAAAGCGUAAAAAUGGUCGAAAAACUAAUCGAGUGUGGUGCUGAUGUCAAUGCUGCCAAUAAAUAUGGCAGAACUGCUUUGUUUUAUGCUGUAGGGAAAGAAAAUUACGAAAUAGCGGAAAAACUAAUCGAGUUUGGUGCUGAUGUUAAUGCUACCGAUGAAGAUGGCUCGACUGCUUUGUUUCAUGCUGUAAAUGAAGAAGUGGUCCAAAAACUAAUCGAGUGUGGUGCUGAUGUCAAUGCAGUCGAUGAAGAUGGCGAAACUGCUUUGUUUUAUGCUGUAAGGAAAGGAAAUGAGAAAAUAGCGAAAAAACUAAUCCAGUGUGGUGCUGAUGUUGAUGCUACCGAUGAAGAUGGCGAAACUUCUUUGUUUCAUGCUGUAAAUGAAGAAAUGGUCCAAAAACUAAUCGAAUGUGGUGCUGAUGUCAAUGCAGUCGAUGAAUAUGGCGAAACUGCUUUGUUUUAUGCUGUAAGGAAAGGAAAUGAGAAAAUAGUGGAUAAACUAAUCCAGUGUGGUGCUGAUGUCAAUGCAGUCGAUGAAGAUGGAGAAACUGCUUUGUUUCAUGCUGUAAGGAAAGAAAAUGUAAAAAUAGUGGAAAUACUAAUUCAGUGUGGUACUGAAGUUAAUGCUACUGAUGAAGAUGGCUCGACUCCUUUGUUUUUUGCUGUAAAUGAAGAAGUGGUCCAAAAACUAACCGAGUGUAGUGCUGAUGUCAAUGCUGCCAAUAAAGAUGGCAGAACUGCUUUAAUUUUUGCUGUAAAUGAAGAAGUGGCCCAAAAACUAAUCGAGUGUGGUGCUGAUGUCAAUGCUACCGAUAAAUAUGGCGCAGCGACUUUGUUUUAUGCUGUACAGAAAGAAAAUGAGAAAAUGGUAGGAAAACUAAUCGAGUGUGCUGCUGAUGUUAAUGCAGUCGAUGAAUAUAGCCAAACGGCUUUGUUUUAUGCUGUAGAGAAAGAAAAUGAAAAAAUAGUGGAAAAACUAAUCCAGUGUGGUGCUGAUGUUAAUGCAGCCAAUAAAUACGGGGAAACGGUUUUGUUUUAUGCUGUAGAGAAAGAAAAUGAAAAAAUAGUGGAAAAACUAAUCAAGUGUGGUGCUGAUGUCAAUGCAACCAACAAAGAUGGCAAAACUGCUUUGUAUCAUGCUGUACAGAAAGAAAGUGAAAUAAUGGUCGAAAAACUAAUCGAGUGUGGUGCUGAUGUCAAUGCAGCCAAUAAAUACGGGGAAACGGUUUUGUUUCAUGCUGUACAGAACGAAAAUGAAAGAAUGGUGGAAAAACUAAUAAAUUGUGUAGUUGAUGUUAAUGCUACCCAUAAACAUGGCAGAACUCCUUUGUUUAAUGCUGUAGGAGAAAAAAAAGAAAAAAUAGUGAAAAAACUAGUCCAGUGUGGUGCUGAUAUCAAUGCAACCAAUAUACUAGGCUUCACUGCUUUGUCUUUUGCAGUACUGAAAGAAAAUAAAGAGGUGGUGGAAAAACUAAUCGAGUGUGGUGCUGAUGUCAAUGAUACAAAUGAACAUGGCAAAACUCCUUUGUUUUAUGCUGUACAGAGAGGAAAUGAAGAAGUGGUGGAAAAACUAAUCAAGUGUGGUGCUGAUAUCAAUGCAAGCAAUACACAUGGCCAUACCGUAUUGGUUUAUGCUGUUAACGAAGAAAAUGAAAAAAUGGUGGAAAAACUAAUCAAGUGUGGUGCUGAUGUCAAUGCUGCCAAUGAAUGGGGCCAAACCGUUUUCUCUUAUGCUGUAGAGAAAGGAAGUAAAAAAAUGGCCGAAAAAUUAAUCGAGUGUGUUGCUGAUGUCAAUGCAAGCGACGAAGAUGGUGAAACUGCUUUGUUUAAUGCUGUACAGAACGAAAGUACAAAAACGGUGAAAAAAUUAAUCGAGUGUGCUGCUGAUGUCAAUGCAAGCGACGAAGAUGGUGAAACUGCUUUGUUUCAGGCUGUAAUGAGAGGAAAUAAAGAAGUUGUGGGAAAUCUAAUUAAGUGUCGUGCUGAUGUCAAUGCUACAGAUAAAAGUGGCAGAAAUGCAUUGUUUUAUGCUGUUCAACAAAGUAACGAUGAAAGUGUGGUUCGUACAUUGAUUGAUGCUGGUACUGAUGUCAACAUUACUGAUAAUGAGGGGAAAACUGCUUUGUUUUUUUUAAACAGUCAUGAUGAAGCCUGUCUCAUGGCACGAUUGCUGAUAGAGGAUGGAGGUGCUCAAGUGGAUGUGAGAGAUCGUUAUGGCAGAACGCCACUGUUCUACGCUAUGACACAAUCACUUUCCCUUGCGAGGUAUUUACUUGACAAAGGAGCCACUUUACAUCUCAAUGAGAAUUGCAGUGUUUUGACAUUUUUUAUUGACAACUGUAUCUUCGAUUUAUCACAAAAAACUUCAAACCUGCAAGAUGGACUCAAUCUCCUGUCUGACUGCAAAGAGGUGGAAAGAAACACUAUUUUGGAAGCUAUAGCGAGUGUUGCAUUCUGUAAAACGCUGUACCUCAAGCCCGGUUCUCGUGAUAUCGACGUGGGUUCUUUUUCUUAUCUAAUGGAGAAUGCUUCAAAUUCUAAGCUUUUUCAAGUCAAUUUUUCUGCGGGGAAAUUGAAAACCAUAUUUGAGAUCUUCACCAUGAUCCAUAAAGCAAGCCACGAUAAACAACUGAUUAAGUCUGGAGCAGCAGUGAUUCGACUUCUUAAAGAAUUGGGUGCCAACCCAAACACCACAGAUUCAGAUGGGAACACUGCUCUUCACCAUGCAACUCAACUAGCAUUUCAUGGUGUAACACAAAAGUCCGUCAUGGAAAUAUGUGAACAGCUAGAAAAGUUUAAUGUAUCGUUCCACAUAACGAAUCACCAAAACCAAACGCCACUUUUAUAUUGUCUAGCCAGGACAAUCGAGAAGGUAUCCAUAGAGGAAGAACCUUGGUCAGCUGUCAAGACACAAGCAGCUGUCUGUCGAUUCCUGGUAGAACAUGGAUCGAGUGUUGAAGCAAAAACUGGCAGUGGAGAGACUGUGUUACACUUGACCAUAAGACUUCUUCAACAUGGCUUUUUGAAACGUAAUAGUCAAUCGAGAAAAGACGUUUCUGAUGUUGGCCUAGAGCUACUGGAAGUAUUUGUUAAUGCAUUCAAAAGACAAGAAGUUUCUAUGAAUACCCAAGAUGAACAUAGAAACACGCCACUUCAUCUUUGGGCAAAGCUCCAAUUAGCACCAGAACAGGAUUACAAAAGCAAUAUUACUGAAGGGCAUACCUCCUUUCAAGGACUUUUAAAAAUGAUUUUGGAUCAUUUCAAAGAAUACAAAGAAAUGUUGCAUGUCAAAAAUGGAGAUGGCGAAACACCUCUACAUCUCUGCAGAACGUGGACUGCUGUUGAACUUUUACUCGAUGCGGGAGCGAACCCAAACGAUGUGGAUUCAUCUGGACGUUCAACUCUUCUUGGUGCAGCUGCAAACAUGAAGCCUCUUCUAAAUCCUGGAUAUUUUUACCCAGAUGUCUUAGAACAACCAAAAGAUUUUUGGAAAACGGUCUUUCUUGAUAAAGGUCUUGAUCCGUGGACUGUUGACAAACAUGGUGAAUCUGUGAUGAGUAUUUUGAUUGCAGCAGAAUCCUUCGACCUUGCAAAAGGCAUGAUUGAAUUUGUGUGUGAAGACAACAAUCACCUUGAUUCUAGUUAUGAUAUAAUCUUUUCUCUUCUUUGUGUCGUAUGCAAAGACAAAUCAACAAGUGCUCAAGAGAAAAUUAAUCUUGUUCAAAUCAUCUUAGAAUCAAGAAAGUGUUUGGUGUUAGGAAGGAAUGGAGAAGAUUCACCACUCCAUUUCUGCUGCAGAAAUAUCGUCAGGAAUGCACAUGAUGUCGAUGAUGUCCACUGGGCGAUUGCUGAAAAUCUUCUCCUAUACGAAGCUGACUAUAGCAUUCCCGAUUCCAGUGGUCAGUCCUGUUUGGACAUAGCAGAAGGAUGCCCUCAACUUAAACAACUAUUCCUGAAGCCGAUAGAUAUUGAUAAAAUUCCCUUACUGAUUAAAUCAUGGAAAUCGAUUUCAAAGAUGCAAAAAGACAAACUGGCCAAAGUAGCAAGAGGAAGGCAAAGCACGUAUAUAAAACCGUACUGGUACCACAAAGACUAUUUGGCAAGCGGGGCAUUUGGUGCUGUGUUUGCAGGCAUACACGAGAAAGAUGGAAGAGAGGUGGCCAUCAAACGUAUUGAGAAGAUACGUAUGCAGCGACCAGAAGAMAAACGAGAAAUAACAAAUCUCACUGCUCUUGCAGACUGCGAACAAGUUGUUCGUUAUUUGUUCUUCUUUGAAGACGAAAACUUUUCUUACAUUAUCUUGGAACUGAUGGAGGGAAAUCUUGACAAGUUCCUUAAUACUGCAACGAAAAUGGAAAUUAAAGUCUCGCUCUGCCAAGAUAUAGUUCAAGGACUGAAAUUCCUACACUAUCAAAGCAUCGUUCAUCGAGAUCUCAAGCCAAGCAACAUUCUUUAUAAAACUCAUCCCAAACUAUGCUUGAAAAUUGCCGACUUUGGUCUCAGCCGUCGUAUGGAUAACACUGGUUCUAGAACCUCGGUGUAUGGGUCUAAUGUUGGUACAAGAUGUUGGAUUGCUCCAGAAGUGCUAGCUUCUACAAAAAGUCAUUCUAAGUCAUCUGAUGUGUUUGCCUGUGGUCUCGUUCUUCAUUACAUUUUGUCAAUGAAAAAACAUCCGUUUGCCCCCCGAAUAGGUGCACUGCAACACGAGAUUGAAGUCAAUAUAUUGAAUGGCAACAUGGAAGGAUGGGAUGACUCUCUGUGCCCUGAAGUAGCUGAUCUCCUUAAAGCAAUGCUUGAUGGAGAUAAAAGCAAACGGCCAUCUGCAGAUAAAGCAUUGGAUCAUCUUUUUUUCUGGGCAAAGAAGAAAAAGCUUGAUCUGCUCGUAGCUGUUGGCAAUCAACCAGAAUUUGAAUGCCCACGUGCWAAGAGGMCUCUUCCUUURACUKYAGUAGAGAMUGACUUGGAGACAARCUUUGGYACCAUAGUCAAGUAUGGAGAUUGGAAUGACCCAGGUUAUGUACACAUGUCUACCAUUUACACCGAAAUGACGAAAAAGAGAAAAGGAUACGAUAUUCACUCUGUCGUAGAGUUGGUGCGGUUCAUACGAAAUGCUUACGCUCACGUGUCUGAGAGUACACGUCCAACACCAAUCAGAAAGAAGCUACUAGAAGACUUUGUGUUCUUGGAAUAUUUUCCAAAUCUUGUGAUGGAAGUCUACAAGGCUGUAACCACUCAUGGAUGGGAUCAGACGAGAACAGAGAUCAAGUUUGUAUUACAGUAA